UUGGCUUUUAGACAUAACAAUCUGUCCUGUCUGGUCUACAAAAUUGUAUAUAUUUAUUUUCCGCUUUGAAAACGUAUAGGUUAUAUAAAAAUUAAAUACAUCAAAAUUUAGCGUUGAAACACAAUGAAUUCGUCAAGUGCUUUGUUAAGCUGCAGGAUAGUGGCCUUCGGAUUUGGAAACCUGCCGGGACUACAGAUGGAGCCGGAGCCUGAGUCGGAGCCUGAGAAGCGCAUGGAUGACACGAAAUACAGCCCAGGUCGUUGGACGGAGCGGAAAUAUCAGGCCACCUGGCGGGAAGCUGUCAUCGAAGAGGCGACAAGCCAUGAGGAAGUGAAGAACUCUCACUCUCAGGAGGAGCGACCACCCUUCCGAGAACUUCGGAGAACUAUCGACCCCACAAGGCGCCUCCAGAGGAUCGCCAUUCCUGCCAACCAAUUCAUAUCCGAGUUUAUCUCCACACAAAGCAAAAACAAAAGGCGUCACCUAGAAGCUGCCGCGGAUCGAAAGGCGUUUGAUGGAUACCAACCGAUCUAAAAUUCCAAGUAAAAGUCAAGUCGUCAUACCGGCUACUCGUAGAGUUAAAGGGUAUACUAGAUUCUCUGAAAAAUAUUUAAGCGUUUCCGACCAUAUAUCUAUAUAUUCUAUAUCAGAUAUUAUAUUCUUUAAUGAGUAAUGGGAAUCUGAUAGUCGAGAAACUCCACUACAGCCUUCUUUCUUGUUUUGUUUUAAGGCCGAAUAGGAUUUUCUGUCUUGUACAACAGGAGAAACGAAAAUAAAUUAAAUUUCCAAUUAUAA